AUGGUUGUUGAUAAUUUUGAUAGGGAAUACAUCAGCGAGGUCCAAGAAUAUAGCAACCUCAUGACAAGUACAUUUCAAAAACAGUACUAUUUGAGCUUGAUACACAUUUUUGAUUCUUGUUUUGUCACUUUUUAUUCUUUGGUUAUGGAUUUUGCAGCUGAUACAGAAGAAAUAUGCCAGCAACUUCAAAAUUGCAUUCAAUCUUAUAUUGACAGUGGUAUGACAAAGAAAUUACAAGAAGAAGUUUUACAAAUAAAGCAAUCAUUUCUUGAAUUGCAAGAUAAAAUACCAGUUUUAAUGCAACAGCUAUCUGAAAACUCUACAGAUCACGUACAAAUUAUCGAAACAUUACAAAGAAUUGAUCAAUCAAAGAAAAUUGCUGAUCUUGGCUUUACAAUCGCUUCUGAAUUAGAAACAAAUCCACCUAUGACAAAAAUUCGAGCACUCAGCUUUACCCUUAUACAUAGAUAUUCCAUAACUAAAUAA